AUGGAUGGCCAGCAGAGCUUUGUCGCCGGCGAUCUUGACAGCUACAAGAGCAUCAUACAGGGCGUCAGACAGCGGCGCUCGCAAUACUUUGACGAUGCAGCAGCCAAUUUGAGCCCAUGCAGAAAGUCCUACGACAACUCUGCAGCCAGCAGCCCAGAACAGUCCAGAUUCCGGCAUGACCUCUCGUCAAAGCGUGCAAGCUGGGUUGAAGGCUUGGAACGAGACUUGGUACUUUCCGCCCAGGUUGGGCAAGCCCUCCUCACCGAGCAGCGAGAAUUGCAAGAAUCACUCCGACAGGCGCAAGCUGCCAAGGAUCAGCUGACCGAGAAGCUUGCGCUACUGGAGCAACAGAAUGCUGGCUUGGCUCAGCGACUGCAAGCAACCGUUGACGAUCUUGACUCGGCAGAAAUGGCAGCUCGUUCGACAGCCCUGACGCUGGCCGAAGAGAGGACGCGCAAUGUGAAGCUACAAGCAGAUAACGUCAAGCUUUCAGCGAACGAGAAGCGGCUGGCGGGUGCGCUCAGGGAUGCUCAAGACAUGCGACAAGAACUUGCCAACGAAACCAAUCGAGCUGAUGCAGCCGAGAGCAGAGCCAGACGAGCGCUCGAGCGUCUGGGUGAUCUUUCCUCGCGAUCAGCGGCUUCUCUGCCUCCGCAAGUCAUAGCGCCGGCCAAGCGCGUCCGUAAUGCAACUGUGCCAGUCAACAAUACACCAGAUAUGUCAGAUCUCAGCACUUUCGUUGGAGAGCUUGCCAACGAGAACGAGCUGCUACGAGCUAGCGUUGCUGAGCUCAAGCUCCAUCUGCGCGCUAAAGCCGACGAUUCGCAAUCUCAAUCCUUGACUCUCGACGAGACUCAUGGCAGCUUGUUGAGUCAGAUCCUACCGCCUGAUUCGCCGCCAGUUCGCGCCCGACCUUCGUAUCAGCGAAUGUCGCCUAAGCUUGCCCGUCGAAGAUCCGCUCUCGAGAUAUGCAGCGCUGCGCCGGCAGAAAUGACGUUGUUCCCUAGCGACGUGUCUACUUCAACCGAGCUGUCACAGAGCACGUCAUCUGUGCGGCCUCCACCGCACGGACGGGCAAGUGCGAUCAGCAAGAGCGAAGAAUUGUCACGAUCGAGCAGCUUCUCGGAUCAAGAGACCGCCUGCGAUCGUCAACACCUCCUCAAUGGCAGAGAUAUGCGCACAGCCUCUCUGCCGCUGCUUACAGAGCACGUCAGCAAAUUACUCGCUCGAUUGCGGGUGGCGGAUGUCGCAUCACUGGAGCAAAGACUAGCGCGUCAGCACUUGCCCGGCGAUGUCAGUCGACUUGCUGUCUCGACCAUGCGCGACAUUCUCACUGAAAUCGAAGGCCUCCGAGGCCACUUCCGCAGGGUCGUCGAGGGUGAGCAGGCCAGCUUGGCCGUACUUGACGAGCACGCUAGUCUCGUAGGUCGGCGUGACUUUGUCAAUCUUGUCAAACUUCUGCGAGACACGCUUUUCGAGGUCUCGAGGUUACGGGCGCUGCUCAACCGAAUCAUCCUCGAACCCGCUUUGGCAAAGAAGCUCAAAGAUCUCGACGUGUCAUCUGCGGCAGAGGAUGCGAUAGCGCUAUCGACGACCGAGCCAGCCUCAUCUGGUGGCAUGCUUGCACCCCUUGCUCGAUAUCUGCCUUACGUUGGUCUGUCAAGCGGACGAGAAGAGGACAAACCGCCACUUCGGAAGCAAGAUAGCCAUUCUCGCGUGCCUGUCAGACAGGCCAGCAAGCUUUCGUCUUGCGCUGCCGUUGCCUCUGCUACUGUCAACGUCGAAUUUGGCGCAAAAGGCGAAAAUGCGGUUGCUUCUGCUGGCGCAGAUUACGACGUUCCUGCGAGCCUGAGUCAAGCUACGGCGCGCAAAGGCGACAUCUUUGGCAUUUUUGCAGGCGGACGCACACAGAAUGAGAUCAAAGGGGCUCUGCGAGCUCCGGUUGCUGUAGCGCGAGCGCCGUUGGCGCCCGUAUCUGCCAACGUGCCGGCUAGGAUUCUUCGCAGGCGAGGAUUCUCUGACUCGUCCAUCAGAUCGACUUUUAUGAGCGAAACUCCUGCGGAUAAGCUGAUGCUUUCGACUGCCUCUCGUCAGAUGGCAGAUGGGUUGAAAGCUGUCGAAGCGGCUGCUAAGCCUGCCACUCUGGGCGUUGGACCUUCGGGCGAAGCGGUGCGUCAACUGACGCGCAUGAAGAGCUACUCCGACAUGUCUGUCAAGCCAACGCUACCACGAGAUGCUCCGCCACCCAUGCCGACGCGUGCGAUACCGAUCGUUGCGAGUUCGGCCAUCGACACAAAUGUCGGCUUCCUGACCAGCCUCGCAUCUUGGGCAGGCCAGAGUCCGACGGGCAAGCUAGACCACGAAGAAGGCAAGGCAUUCGUCGCGCCCCAGGCAAGACGCACACGACACGCUAUGGAAUGA